AAAUCUAAUCGUGUACCACUCCACUGCCCCAAUUUAUUUCCCUCUUAAAAACAAAACAAUUAAUAAAGUCGCAUUCUCGGUCCGCCCAAAAAAAACGAUCCCAUUUUUUCCCCUUUCUAUAAACCCUACUAGUACUACUACUGCUAGAUUUCAACCAAAAUAGGGUUUCGAUUUGGAUCUAGGGCAACGAAUUCCUCCACGGCCGAUUUCCCGCGAUUCUCUUUGGUUUUUUUGAAUUUUCAGACCGUUACUUCGUCGGGGACGGUCGGAGAUGUCGGAGGUGGAGAAGAAGGUUGAGGAGGCGGAGAAGGGCGGAGAGCUGCUGUUCUGUGGGACCACCAGCUGGGACACCGUCGGCCGGAAGAAGAUCGCCGGCGAAUCCAACUUGGUCUCUCCGUCGAGGCUCCGGCCGCUCAUCGGCGUCCACAUUCGGACCGUCGUCUCCGGUUGUGCAUCUUGUCAUUGCGUGGCUUUGGAUGUUGAAGGACGUUGUUAUACUUGGGGGCGCAACGAGAAGGGGCAACUUGGGCACGGAGAUACAAUUCAGCGUGAUAGACCAACAGUUGUUUCAGAACUUUCGAAGCAUAAAAUCAUUGGAGCAGGGUCUGGAAGGAGCCAUACUGUGGUCGUAACUAAAGACGCAAUCUCCUUUGCCUUUGGCUGGAAUAAACAUGGGCAGCUGGGCUCUGGUUCCAUGAAGAAUGAAAUUGAGUCAUCUCCAGUGCGUUGUCUUGUUUCCGAAGUUAAAAGUGCUGUCUGUGGUGGUGAUUUUACUGCGUGGUUAACUUCUGCUGAAGGAGCUUCUAUAUUGACUGCUGGUCUACCACAAUAUGGACAACUUGGGCAUGGAACAGACAAUGAGUUCAAUACAAAAGAUAGCUCGGUAAGACUUGCUUAUGAAGGCCAACCACGCCCAAAAGCAUUAACUUCUCUUGCUGGAGAAACCAUAGUGAAAGUUGCUUGUGGGACAAAUCAUACAGUGGCUGUGGAUUCAAAUGGCUUUGUUUACACGUGGGGCUUUGGUGGUUAUGGAAGGCUUGGACAUAGAGAACAGAAGGAUGAGUGGCUUCCUCGCCGUGUUGAUGUUUUCACAAGGCACAAUGUUCUACCUCCUAAUGCUGUGAUUUCAGCUGGUUCUGUUAACUCUUCGUGUACUGCUGGUGGAGGACAGUUGUAUAUGUGGGGCAAAAUAAAGAGCACCGGUGAUGACUGGAUGUACCCUAAACCUCUGAUGGAUUUAAGUGGCUGGAAUAUACGUUGCAUGGAUUCCGGUGGCAUGCACCAUUUUGUUGGUGCUGAUAAUUCCUGCAUAAGUUGGGGCCACGCUCAGUCUGGGGAGCUGGGAUAUGGACCUGCCGGACAGAAAUCUUCUGCAGUUCCCAAGAAAGUAGAGAUUCUUGAUGGCAUGCAUGUCAUCAGUGUUGCAUGUGGAUUUGCUCAUUCCAUGGUGGUCGUCGAUAGAACAAACGUUGGUGACCGACUUGACCAGCUUGACGUUUAUGAUGGCAAAGCUUUUGUCGAAGGGAGUGAAGAACCUGAAAGCAAAAAUUCAGUUGCUAAGAGAACUCCCAAAAAGGGUGCUGGUAAAACAUCCGAGGACUCUAAGAAGCGGAAGAAGUCAAAGGAGGAUUCGUCAGAGUCAGAGGACCUAGAGGAGGAUAGUGGCGAUGAGAGUGAAGAGCAGGUAAAUGGGAAGAAGAGUCAACGAGGUGGAAAGGCUGGUAGAGGUCGAGCCAAGUCAACGGAGACAAAAAGUAGUGGGCGUGGAAGGGGCCGCCCUCCUAAGGAGAAGAAAAUUGCAGAUAGUGAUGAAGGCACACCGAAAUCCUGUAAGAGGGGAAGAGGAAGACCCAAGAAGUCGUGAGCUUCAGUUUGCUGGGAUUGAUUUUGAAAUUUUGUUCUCGUUUUGAGAAAUGUACGAAGCAAACUUUGUAAUUGACGGCUACUGUAUCGGCAUUGUUAUUGGGACUUUUCAUUUGUUUUGUUUUGUUUUCCUUUACAUUCGUGAAAAUAUAUUGUGGCCAUUUGUCGAAGUAGUCCUCCGUAAUUGAAUUGUAAUUUCUGAUGGGGAGGCGGAACUUGAUUGUGAGAUGUGGCCUUGUACUUUUACCUCAUUUCGUUAAGGGAAAUGCCGUUUUCAA